GGAAAUGAACCGACUACCGGGUAACAACCGACGACUGCCCGAAGCCGACAGGCAACAACAAAUGUCUGUAAACACAAAUGUCCAGGGUCCGAUUUGUGUGGCGUAAAUUUUUUGUUUAGUUUUUGUCGGUGAAUGUUUUUAUGAACUGAGUUAUUGUUAAAUUUGUCUAGUUCCGUUUUGGAAACCCUUUGGCGGACGCCGCAAUGGUUGUUUCUGAUUUGCCAAAGAAUCGCAAAGAAAAAAUGGAAGGCGAUCAUUCUGAUAAGGAAAAUAAAAGAGAAGAACAAAAUAUAAAAAAGAAAAAACGUGCUCGUUCAUCAAGCAGUGGUUCGAGUAGUAGUCGUUCUUCAUCAAGCAGCUCACGCUCUGGCAGUGGUUCUUCAGGAUCUAGUAGCCGUUCAAGCUCAAGUAGCUCUGGCUCCAGUUCACGUUCGAGCUCAAGUUCAUCAAGUUCAACUAGUUCUUCCGGUACUUCUGCUGGCCGAGCUAAAGCAAAAACUAAGCAACCAAGAUUGAAAAGUGGCAGUAAAACAAAGAGUAGAAGCCGCAGUCCUAGAAAAUCAAGACGCGAUGAUGAGGAAAAAGUAAAAAAAGCUGAAAGUAAAACUAGAACUUCUAGAAAAUCUAGAUCAGGUAGUCCAAAACGGCGUAAGAAAGAAAGAUCACCAACUCCAAAACCCUGUCGUAUUCAUGUUGGUCGUUUGACUCGGAACAUUACUAAGGAGCAUAUUCAAGAAAUAUUUUCUGAUUUUGGAACAAUAAAAGAAGUAGAUGUACCUCUAGAUCGAUUUAAUAAAUUGUGUAAAGGAUUUUCUUAUAUUGAGUACUCUACGCCAGAAGAAGCUGAGAAUGCCAUGAAACAUAUGGAUGGAGGUCAAAUUGAUGGACAAGAAAUAACUUGUGCGCCAGUGCUAUUGCCACGUCCAGCUAUUCGUAGAAGUCCUAUUCGCCGUGGUGGUUGGGGCGGCGGUGGUGGUGGUGGAGGAGGAGGUGGUGGUGGUGGUGGUGGCGGUGGUGGACGCCGAAGAAGUCCACCACGAUACAGACGUAGAUCACCAAUGCCUAUUAAACGACGUUCUCCUCGUCCACGUAGAAUGAGAUCUCGUUCGAGAUCUCCAAGAAGGCGUAAGCACAGUCGUUCUGGAUCUAGCAGCUCACCUUAAAUUCCAAUCUAGUGUAAUAACUUCACUUUAUUUUAACCAAAAAACUUAAAAUAAUUAAACGGUUCAUUAUUUUUCUUUAAUAAACGUUAUUACUCAAGUAUCAAUUUCAAAUUAAGACUCAUAGUUUUUGGUAUUUUUUUUUAGAAUUUUGACAUCAAUAUAUCACUUUUUAAAUACUUGUUUAUCUAAUAUUUAUAAUUAUACUCAAAUGUCUUGCUGUAAUUUACUAAAUUUAAUGGUGACCUAGUAUUUUAUGAAAUGUAGGUAAUUCAUGUUUAACAUAAGUGUAACAUUUUUUUUUUUUUUUAUUAUUAAACUUUAAAGUAAUUUACGUGAACAUUUUGUUUAAACAUAAUUU